AUGGCUGAUUCUAAGCCUCCUACGGACAACUUUAAUGUUCAGAUUACUACCAUCAAAUUGAAUGGUGCCUCCAACUACGUCCUUUGGUCUCAAGCCUUUGAAGUUUACGUUACUGCUCGCCGGAAGAUGUCUUAUCUCGCUAUGACACCACCAGAUCCUACUGAUGACAAAUAUGACGAUUGGAAGUUUUUCUCUUUCAAUCAAGAAGGAAAGUCUAUUGGCGAAUAUUACAGUUCACUGAAGCGGAUGUGGGAAGAACUCAAUGUGUACCAGCCUAUAUCUACUGAUGCCUCUGUGAUUAAAUCCCAACGUUCUGAAUUUUUGAGAGUUGUUUCCCUUUCGGUGGUGAAAUCUGAUCCUACUCUUGUUUCCAAGGAUAAUUCUGCCCUCUUUAUUUCUACUGGAGGGCAUGGUCGUGGUGGUGGUACCUCUUCUCGAGGUUGUGGUUCUGGAUCUGGUUGUGGAGCUGGUUCUGGUGGUCGUGGAACUGGUUCUCACCUUGCUGGUUCAUUUUCUGGUGAUAGUGGCUCUCGAUGGUGCUCUCAUUGUGGUCGUCCUAACCACACUAUUUACAAAUGUUGGCUGAAACACGGCAAACCACAAUGGGCACGAGAGCAAUUUGCAAACGCUGCAGUUUCUGAUGGAGCGGUUGAUUCUGUGCAUCCUCCUGACACUACUCAUGGGUCUUCCACUGGUAGUGGUAGUUCCUCUAAUGACUUGGUUUCUCAGCUAUUACAACGAGUUCAGAAACUUGAGGCAUCCUCCUCUACAUCUACAGCUGUUCUUGCUCACCCAGGUACAUCUACUGCAUGUUUUGCCUCCUCAUCCUCUCCGUGGGUCAUUGACUCCGGUGCCUCCUCUUACAUGACUGGUAAGCCUAAUUUAUGUUCGUCUUUUACACAGUCCGCUGUCCCAUCUCGGAUUUCUAUUGCCGAUGGGUCCUUUAUACCUGUCACUGGUCAUGAGGACAUCCCCUUAUCUUCUGAUCUUUCUUUGUCUGAUGUCCUUCAUGUACCUAAGCUUCCUCCUAAUCUUCUAUCUAUUAGUCAAUUAACUAAGACUUUGAAUUGUUCUAUAACCUUUCAUCCUUCUCAUUGUGUCAUUCAAGAUCUUGCAACAAAGAUGACGAUUGGUGGCGGGCAUGAGAAGGGUGACCUUUAUUAUUUUGAUUUGGCAUCUACUUCUACGGCAGCGGUUGCUACUUCUUCUGGUGUAUCUCCUUUACAUUGGCAUUAUCGGCUAGGACAUCCUUCAUUAUCCAUGCUGCGUCAUCUUGUUCCUAGCUGCAAAUCUAUCUCCCGCAUUUAG